AUGGCUUCGAGAUCAUUGCUUAAGCAAGCUAUUAGAUCAUUGGCCACUAAGGCAAAUACAUCAUCUCAAAAUUUUGCCAAAGUCAUUAAACCAAAAGUAUCAUUGGAUAAUCUCGAUGUUUUUGCUAGAAGACAUAUUGGUCCAAAUCCUAAAGAAGUUGAACAUAUGUUAUCUGCUUUAGGUUAUAAAGAUAUUGAUGAAUUUUUAUCCAAUGUGGUCCCUGAACAUGUUUUAAUUAAGAGAAAAUUAUCUAUUCAACCAGAACAAGGUUUUACCGAAUCUGAAAUGUUGGAUCAUUUACAAAAAUUAGCUAAUAAAAAUAAAAUAAAAAAAUCCUUCAUUGGUAAAGGUUAUGCCGGUACCAUUUUACCACCUGUUAUUCAAAGAAAUCUUCUUGAAUCUCCAGAAUGGUAUACUUCUUACACACCAUAUCAACCAGAAAUUUCUCAAGGUAGAUUAAAUUCCUUGUUGAACUACCAAACUUUAAUUACUUCCCUUACAGGUUUGGACAUGGCUAAUGCUUCUUUAUUAGAUGAAGGUACCGCUGCUGGUGAAGCCAUGGCUUUAUCUUUCCACAAUACUAAAAACAAGAAAAAGAAGUAUGUUAUUGAUACUAAUCUUCAUCCACAAACCGUUGAUGUUAUGAGAUCAAGAGCUAAUAACAUUGGUGUUGAACUUGUUGAAUUGCCAUUAUCUACUAAAGAAGGUAUUGAAGAAUUGACCAAAAUUAUUGAUGAUGUUUCUGGUGCUUUGGUUCAAUAUCCAGAUACUAAUGGUGAAAUUACUGAUUAUUCUGAAAUUGCCCAAAUUUUACAUGCCAAUAAAGGUCUUUUAGCCAUGGCCACUGAUUUAUUAGCAUUGACUGUUCUUAAACCACCAAGUGAAUUUGGUGCUGAUAUUGCAUUGGGUACUUCUCAAAGAUUUGGUGUUCCAUUUGGUUAUGGUGGUCCACAUGCUGCAUUUUUCGCAACUUCAUCUAAAUAUGCAAGAAAAAUCCCAGGAAGAAUUGUUGGUAUUUCUAAAGAUAGAUUAGGCAAACCAGCUUUACGUUUAGCUUUACAAACUAGAGAACAACAUAUUAAAAGAGAAAAAGCUACUUCUAAUAUCUGUACUGCACAAGCAUUGUUGGCUAACAUUUCUGCUAAUUAUGCUGUCUAUCAUGGUCCACAAGGUUUGAAAGAUAUUGCCAAUAGAGUUUAUGGAUUGACUACUUUAUUAGCCAAUGAAAUUUCCAAGAAACAUGAAAUUGCCAAUAAGAAAUGGUUUGAUACUUUGACUGUUAAAUUGAAUGGUGGUGUUUCUGCUGAUGAAAUCUUGGCUAAAGCUUUGAAUGAUUAUGAUAUUAACUUGUUUAAAGUUGAUGAUUCUACUGUUUCUUUACAAUUGGAUGAAACCACUCAAAAGCAAGAUUUGAUCAAUUUGGUCAAUGUAUUCACUGGUGAAUCAACUUAUACUCCACCACAAGAAUUACCAACUAUUGCUCAAGAAUUAUUAAGAACUGAUGAAAUUUUACCUCAUGAAGUUUUCAACACUCAUCAUUCUGAAACUGCCAUGUUGAGAUAUUUACAUUCUUUACAAAAAAUGGAUUUAUCUUUAGCUGAUAGUAUGAUUCCAUUAGGUUCAUGUACUAUGAAAUUGAAUGCUACUGUUGAAAUGCAAACUUUAUCCAUGCCAGGUUUCAAUUCUAUUCAUCCAUUUGCUCCAAUUGAUCAAGCUCAAGGUUAUAAAGAAUUAAUUGGUGAAUUUGAAAAAGAUUUGAAUGAUAUUACUGGUUUUGAUGCUACUACUUCUAUGCCAAAUUCUGGUGCUCAAGGGGAAUAUACUGGUUUAUCAUUAAUUAGAGAAUAUCAUAAAUCUCGUGGUGAAUAUGAACAAAGAAAUAUUUGUUUAAUUCCAGUUAGUGCUCAUGGUACUAAUCCAGCUUCUGCUGCUAUGUCUGGUUUGAAAGUUGUUCCAGUUAAAUGUUUGUCUAAUGGUUCUAUUGAUUUAGAAGAUUUACAAGCUAAAGCUGAAAAACAUGCUGCUAACUUGUGUUCUAUUAUGAUUACUUAUCCAUCUACUUAUGGUUUAUUUGAACCAGGUGUCAAGAGAGCUAUUGAUAUUGUUCAUGAACAUGGUGGUUUAGUUUAUCUUGAUGGUGCCAAUAUGAAUGCUCAAGUUGGUUUAACUUCUCCAGGUGAUUUAGGUGCUGAUGUUUGUCAUUUGAAUAUUCAUAAAACUUUUGCUUUGAGUCAUGGUGGUGGUGGUCCAGGUCAAGCACCAGUUUGUGUUAAAGAACAUUUAAAACCAUUCUUACCACUGCAUCAUUUUGUUAAAACUCCUCAUUCUACUUCUGAAUCAAUUAAAGCUGUUAAUUCUGCUCCAUUUGGUAGUGCUUCUGUUAUUCCAGUUUCUUAUUCAUAUAUUAAAAUGUUGGGUUCUCAAGCUUUACCAUAUGUUUCUGCCAUUGCUAUGUUGAAUGCUAACUAUAUUUUAUCACAAUUGGAACCAUAUUAUAGUAUUUUAUUUGUUGAUCGUAAAGCAUCAUCUGAUUCAGGUAUUAAACAUUGUGCUCAUGAAUUUAUUCUUGAUUUACGUGAAUUCCAAAAAAUUGGCAUUGAAGCAAUUGAUGUUGCUAAAAGAUUACAAGAUUAUGGAUUCCAUGCCCCAACCAUGUCUUUCCCAGUUGCUGGUACUUUGAUGAUUGAACCAACUGAAUCUGAAAAUUUGGCUGAAUUGGAUAGAUUUAUUGAAUCUUUAAUUUCUAUUAGAAAAGAAAUUGAUGCUUAUAAAAAUGGUGAAUCAUUAGGUCAAGUUUUAAAAAAUGCUCCUCAUUCAUUAGAAGAUGUUGUUAGUUCUCAAGAUUGGGAAUCUAGAGGUUAUACUAGAGAACAAGCUGCUUAUCCAUUACCAUUCUUGAAACACAAUAAAUGCUGGCCAACUGUUAGUCGUUUGAAUGAUACUUAUGGAGACUUGAACUUGAUUUGUACUUGUCCAUCAGUUGAAGAAGUAGCUGCUGAAAAUUAA